CACACACACACGUCCUCGUUGCUACAUCAGAACACUCUCUCUCUCACAGCACACGUCACCUUUGUCACACCAGGAUGUGUAUAGAUGGACUGCUGUCUGUCUGCCGAGACCAAAGCUUCGCCUCUUGCCAAGUUCUCCGCUGUUAGUGUCGGCGAGCCGUAACAAUGACUGUGAAUAAACCGGAAGCUUUGUACACAGCUGCCUGGUUUUAGUAGUUGAGUGGAAAAAUCGUCUGCCAGCAGUCCAGUCAUACCAUUUCGUGGUUAUAUAUGAACACUCUCUGGCAGCCAGACAUCCUCUCCGUUACACCUGAACACUCGCUGGCAGGCAGAGGGCGACGACUGCCCUGAAACACGAACACCGAGAACGUUGCCAGUUGAGGGACGUCACGUGACUUUUUCCAUAGCGGCUCUGAACGCUCAGUAUGACCGUGAUGCAGCUGGUCGUGAGGAGCUGGAUGAGGAGUCUAAGAGACCAUUGCUUAAACAGACACGACAAAUGAAAGCAGAGCUUCGGGAUGAGCGUAAGCAGAGAGCCAUAACAGCAACUACUCGCAGUGAGUUGCGAGGAGGUCUGCAAGGCUUAGAGCAGAGAGUGGAGAUGGCCAACAAAGUGAAGGAAGAUGCUGUUAAGCGAUACAAGAAGCUGGCAGCUCAGAUGGAGGACUGCCAGCGCGAAGUUAAAAAGGCUCGCAUUGCACUGGAGGAAAUGGCUGCAGCCCUAAAAGAUGAUGACAAGCGAGUGAAGAACUUGCAAACAGAGCGUUCAAUGUCGCUGAAGCUCCAAAAUCAGAGGCUGGUCAUUGAGCGCCAGGACAAAGAGACGCGUGACAAACCUUGGGAGCUGGAGGGGUACAACCGAGCUCCUACUAAGGCUGACAUAGCUACCCUUGAGAGUAAGAUUGUCAAGCUGGAGGAACAGCUUGACCAAGAAGCAAAAGAACGUUCGUCACAGGUUCAUACCAAUCGCAAGGUGGAAGAAACGCAGCAAAACUAACACUCCAGGGGAGGCCAUCCCCGGUGAGCAGAACGUCGAGCGGACUUGUAAAGCCGGUCAUAUCCUACAACAGGAUAAGUGACUAGAUGGCCCACCCCGAGGGUAAUUAGAGUUCAUGGAGGUCAUAUCCUACAACAGGAUAAGUGACUAGAUGGCCACCCCGAGGGUAAUUAGAGUUCAUAGAGGUCAUAUCCUACAACAGGAUAAGUGACUAGAUGGCCACCCCGAGGGUAAUUAGAGUUCAUGGACAGGCUGAGCAGCAGGCAUCACGCGUAUAGUCUAAUGUCGCGGUGCUCCAUCUUGGGGGACAUGUGUCGCGUGUCGCAUGCUGACUCAGCCUGAGUCUUGGUCCUGGGGGAAGGGGGGGCUGUUGCAUCAAUAAAGUUUGACGUCAUUUUGUUUGGUGACGUUUUUUUUUUUUUGAUGAGGAGGACGGGGAAGAACCAUCAUGGAGGAAGUUUUAACUGUGCGGUGACUACCGUUGAAGACACGGGGACCAGUGUGGUGAUUACCGUCGGAGAGACGAAGACUUGUUAGUGACUACCGUUGAAGGAACCGUGGUGGCUGUUGCCGUGAGGAAGCCUGAGCCUGGUUGUCACGGCGGUUCUGUUGCGGGAACGGAACUGUCUGGAGUUGUGGGUGGUGUCGGUUGGCGUCCGGUUGGGAGGCGUUUGUUCUUUUUUUUUGUUGUUGUUGUUUUUUGGUUUUUGGGGUUCGUUUUUUAUUUUGUCUAUAUAUUUGUAGCGUCGUUUCGUGUGCGUGUUGGUCUGUUCGGCGCUGGGAGUGGCUGGAUACGUCGCUACACGUGACAGUGGGUGGUACAUAUAUAUAUAUAGUGAGCUGGGUGUGGGUGGUACAUAUAUAUAGUGAGCUGGGUGUGGGUGGUACAUAUAUAUAUAGUGUACUGGG